CUCCUCCACGCGUGGGUGUGGAAGCGACGGCGCCGACGCUAUUCACAACGGCAACGCGUCCCUUCCAACGCCGGCCGCCGCCAUCUUCAUCAGCCACCUUUUCUCAUGUGAGUCAUCCUUCCCUUUCUUCCCUUCUCUCCCAUGUCAGUGUGCCUCUCUCCCCUUUCUCCACCGCUCGUUCCGCUCCCUUGUUGGCUACAGUUGGAGAAUAGGACGAGCGUGACCUCGGCGUCAGGUUCCCCGACCAGCGGCCACGCCUCGAGUGCAUCGCCUUCUACGUCGACCCCACCAAGCACUACCCCUUCACCUGCACAUCCCCCUGCGAGCUUCUUGGGUACAUGGCGCACAACCAUGCUCACCAAGACAAAGGCCAAGACCAUGGGGUGGGAACUGAUCUGUGUCCAUGGACAUGGUGAUUUGAUAGCAUUUUGGGGGAGAAAUAAAAAAAAGUUUCACUGCUGCAUCCGUGACAAAUAAUAAUAUCCUUCAAUUCAGAGGUACAGAUCGUCAUAGCUAGUUAUUUAAAACGGAUUCAUGGGAGGGGUAACUAGUCUUAUACAAAUACGUAUAUAGUGUAUGAAAUCUUUGCUAUUGGACAAAGUUGAAUGAUCUGCACGCCCAUGAGUCAGAAAAGCACUAGGCAGCCCAGAUCGACCUCAUGUGGUGUUCAGCUUGGCGAGGGUGCGUUGCAAGGCCUUCACGCUCACUGAUAACGUUUUUCUGCCUAUACCUUCCUUGAGUUUAGUUUCAGUUUCAGCUAACUUUUAGUUUCAGUUUCAGCUAGCUUUCAGUUUCACUAGCAACGUCUUUCUGCCUGUACCUUCCAAACUUUCAGGUUCUUCUGGCUGCUCUUACCCCACCAGUGCAAGGUACGAGGCGAGCUUAAAUUAACCGUACACCAUGAUCCAUGUAGUGUGAACCAUGAUUCAUGUAGUGAUCCAUGAACUAUAAAUUCAUUUGUUCAGUGUGUUUAUUGUCAGUUCAGCUACAUAUAUUGCAAUGGCGCGCUUUGUAACACAGUGAAUUGAUGAACAAAUAUGAGCUAAUGUUACACUACAGAUUGACACAUUCACUUGCAUGCAGAACAAGGAAGUGGUGUUGCAAAGAAACUGUGUUUGAUUUUUGCUGUAACUUGACUGAAGAAACAUCUCUGUUUAUCAUCUCCCAAACAUAUAGCUAUAUGCUCAGUACUGCUCAUUUUUUUUUGCAAUGGCAAUGAGAUGUGUUAGUGCUUAAAAGUGUUAGCUUUGAUCUAUUGUGAUGUAAACUUCAUUAUGUUUCCUGCAUUUGCUUUGAUCUACUGUGAUGUAAACACGAUUUAUGUUGGUUCUGCUAUCUUUUGGAUGUAAUCAAACUAUUAUUUUGCUUUGUUGUUGUUCUGAUUCAAACUAUUCAUGCUUGUUCUGCUUU